CCUGCGCUCAGCUUUUCACUGCGAGGUAACCUGCAUGAACACGCAGUGAAAGGCUGACUCUGCAGCACCAGUGAGGCAUUUCCUCUCCUCUCUACACCCUUUCCUUUCUCCAUAUUUCCAUUGUUUUUACUCAACCUUUGGCACAGCGGUGCAGGGAUAAUGUGGAGCUAAACCCGCUCAGUGAUUUUUACUCCAGAAGUUCAUCUGGAAACUUUGGCUUGGUCUCUUCUUCCUGACAUCCACAUUACCCCAGUUGUUCUUUUUCUUUUCCGUAAUCAUAUAAAAAAAAUAUCUACUAAUAGAUUUUAUAAAAUGCCUGCGUUUGCAUUUAUGGGUGAGGAAGAGAGAAACAGAGAGGAAAGGAAAGUGAAUUAUGAAGAAAAGAGGAAGAAUAAACGUUGAUGUAGUUUAUUCUUGAGGAGAUUUGAUCAGAUCAUGAUGUUUCCAGUCAGGUGAGUUGAAAUAUUUCUUCUUAGCGCUAUUAAAGACUACAAUAGAAGUACAAGGUACAGAAUUACUGAGUUUUGUGUUUUUUUAAUGAACUUUCGAUAGUUAGCUUAUGCUAAAAUAGUGUAACUGGACUUUCUUUGGAUUGUACUCAAGCAAGAUCACAAAAGAAAAACAUUUACGGGUUUUCGCUCACACAACAUUUCUAGUUCCUCAAUUUGGUAGGAUCUUUUGAGCAUGUGUUAUCUUGAAUGGGGCUUCAAAACACACAAAUAAACACAGUAAGUUUAAAUUAUUUAAUGUAAACAAGAAAUAUAUCUUUUUCAUUAAACGUGCGUAUUUUUGCACAUAAGUCUGAGUGAACUGUCAUUCUUUUAAAGGUUCAAAGGUUCAAAGGUUUCUUUAUUUAUACCUUGCGGUAAAUUUUGUUUGCAGGCAGGAACCCAGCCGUCCAGAUAAGACACACAUAAAAACAACAAUACAACAGUCAAGUACAAGAAAAAAUGCCAAUCGUUAAGAGCCAUAAAAUCACAUAAAAUCUUUUACAGCAUUACAGCAAAGCUAAAGCUCAAGCUCGCUCGCUAUCAGUCACAUCAAUUGGUAUCGAUUCGGUGGAAAAUGAAACUGCUUUCUAGGUUCAUUUGAUUCACAUGGGGACACGCUGUCAAUAUAGGAAAAGUGUGACGCAUAACGAACAGGAGAUAGACUUUACUGUUUCUUGUUUUAAGAUUAAAUCUUGUUGUGUCACACUUUCUAUCAGUGCACUUAUGAAGCUUCUUGUCCGAUCAGAUAUCCCCAUCAGCACUCGCCACUGGUCAAUAAUGAUGUCUUUCCCUCUGAAUUUACUUUUGUUCCAUGUUAGUCUCCUGCUCCUUCUGCUCACAUACUCUGCCCACGCCACACUGCUGGGAUGGGUGGAGUCUCCAGGGUAUCCCACUCGAUACCUGCCUCAUGCCAGUAUGAACUGGACCAGGUGUGCCCCAAAAGGUCACUCCAUCUCCAUCAGGCUGAUCCACCUGGACCUGGAGGACAGCCAGGACUGUGAGAACGAUGCCGUGAAGGUCAGAGGUCAAAAUCAAUGUCACACGAUUCACCUAACUCUGGAACUUUUUCUUUAAUUUGUUGUUUUGUCUUUUCCAGGUCUAUUCAAAUGGAAGUCUCAUUUCUGUUCUGUGCGGCAAAAUGGAUUUUGAGGAUCUUCAGGCGUCCGUAAAUCCCUCACUCGUCUCCUCUUCGGGUGGUUGUCUCUCUCUUUCUUUCCACUCAGAUUACUCUAACACAAAGAGGCAUGCUGGAUUCAGAGGCUUCUAUUCUGAUCAAGGUGAGACGAAGUAGAAACAAAAGAGGGAAAUACUGGGGUUAACGAUUCUUACCAAAGUCUAUUGUGAUCAUGUGUUUUUUUAAUAUGACUCAUUUCCCAAGAAGGGCUCAGUCUUUUCUCGCAUGUAUUCCCAAGUUUCGAAAUCUUUUGAGCCACACUGAUAAGUACUUUAUAUUUUAGAUCAGUGGUUCUCAACUGGUUGGUCCCGACCCAAAAGUGGGUCGUGGACACAUUCUGGAUGGGUCACGAUAUAUUGAUAUAUUCUGUAUAAGCAACUUCAGUAGUUGUCGUUCUCAUGUUGUCCCCUUCUUGUGCUCUGAAAUGCACUUUACUCAAUAAAACGAGUGGAUUUAUGUUAAAGAUUAGAGUCUUUAAAGGUUUUUUUUGCUUGGUUUGAAUUCCAUAAAAGUGGGUCGUGACUUAAGAACCAUGGGAAACUGUGGGUCCCAGAAUGAGACCAGUUGAGAACUUCUGUUUUAUAUAACAGGCCACAUUUAGCUCAAGCUGUUUUUAACCCCCUACAUUAAAACAGUGUCUACUAUGAUACUGAUAUUGAAACCAAGCCUGAUAAAUUAAGAAUGCAGAGGCUUUUGAAAGUUUUUAGCACAUUUUUUAGUUUCAAAGUGCUAACUAGGCUUUAGUAACUAAAUCCUCAUUAUAACUGAUACUGUAAAGCAGAUGAUGUAGCCUCUCAAAGCAGGAGUGGGCCCAGUCACUGGUGACUUAUCGAAUGGGCUACAGUGGGCUACACGAUGCCUGAAAUUCAAUUUAUUAUCAGUAGGCAGUAGGUUGCUGAUAAGACAUUGUCCAGUUGAGUUUUGGUAAGCCACUAACCGAACACUUCCGAUAACUUAUUCCUCAUUUUCUAUUGUAACCAAACUGUGCUGCAAUAUGAUUUGUUAUUGGCCACCUUAUUUACAUACAGGUCAAGGAGGCGCUACAGCAUUGUAGCAGUACCAGAGAUAGGGCUGAGGUUUGAGGUGAGCAGCUGUGCUAUAGUGACCGACAGCUAUAAAAGAAUACUGUGGGCUCCAGCUUUUUGUCAACCUAAAAAGUAGACUUAAGUGGUCAAUCUGUUGCCUACGUCAAAGAAAUACAUUUUUAAAAAUGUGAAAAAAUAACAAAAGUAUUUUACCACUUACCUGCCAUAGUUUGUUAAUUUUACUACUUCUUGCUUUUAUUUCUCAACUGUCAUUUAUUACUUUAAAUUCUAACCUGUCUUAUCUUUUUUGCCUUAAGUUCUUUUUAAACACUUUAAAUAUUUUUGUACCUCUUGUGUAUUUUAAUUUCCCUCUCCUUGUUUAUCUUCUUUAAUUUGCUUUUAUCAUCUUGGCCAUUUUUGUUUCUGCUCUCCCAUGCUUUCGAUUUUUGGUCAUUGGUCCUCAAACUCUCAGAUAAUGUGCUGCUGGGACCUCUUAUUUCUUUAGGUGUUUGGCUCUCAUGCUCCUGUGUUUCAUGCUGUGCUGAUAGGUCAUUUGCUAAUGGGUUAUGAUACAAAUAUAUAUUUUUGGUUCCUGUGCUUUUGCCUGUAUGUCAAAUUACUUUGUAUACCCUUGUUUUUAAAGGCACUAUACAAAUAAAAUUAUUAUUAGUAUGAUUAUUGAUAAACCAACACACUUAGUGAAGGUGAAAAAAGGCAACUUUAAAUUAGAGAACCAUAAAAAAGCAGGAAAUAUGAAAUAAACCAAAGAGUUAGAUUUAACGUUUUAAUAUCAGAGCUUCAACUGGUAACAGUAUAUUUUGAACAACUACACAAUAAAACAGAAUUACUGGUAACUAUGAUAUAAUCUCCCAAAUAUCUCCUACUUGUUGAAUUCAUUAACCUGGUUUUAAUGGUGCCAACCUCAUUCUGCAACAUGUUUAUUUAUAUCUGACCUCCUUUCAGACUUCAAUGAAUGUGAUGACCCGGACAACAGCUGUACGCAGUUCUGCCACAACUUCAUCGGAGGGUACUACUGCUCCUGUCGUCAUGGUUAUCACUUAGCCGCAGACAAGCACACCUGCACAGGUAAGAACCUCAUUCAUUUGAGAACAGCAAAAGCACAGAGAGCUGAUUUCACUCUCCAGUUUUAGAAGUAGAAAAAUCAAGGAAGAUCGCACAGAACUGAAACAUGAAGUGAAAAUGGGAAAAUAGAGGAAGUUUGAAAUGUGAGGGCGGGGAAAAGGAAGAGAAGAGAAUAAAAUAAGAAGAGCACAGGUUGUGAAAUAUGCAUGACUAUUUAGUUGAUAUUAAUCACGGUGAAACACUCAUAUCUCCCACUCAGUGAGCUGCUCUAAAGAUCUGUCUGGCCAGAGAAGGGGAGAGGUAUCCAGCCCUUCUUGGCCUGCUCCAUACGCCGAGAACUCACACUGUGUAUACACCCUGUCUGUGGAGGAACAUCUGCAGAUCGAGCUGCUCUUCUCUGAAGAUUUUGAUGUGGAGCAAAGCCCCGACGGCAGUCAAUGCAUAGACACAGUGAGGGUAGGUGUGAAUAGAAUAUGUGAAAACCACACGGAGGUCUGUCUCUGUGACUAAACUUUGUUUAGUGACGAGAGAAACAAAGAGGAAGUUCAGACGUCAGUGUUGAAACUCUGGAUUUCACAAGUGCACAUUCAGUUUUGGUUAUUUAAGAGAAUAGUACCAAUUUAGAAAAAUACCAAGGUAGGUUCACGCAUGUUAUGUAAGACCAAAAGAAAUAGAUGCUAUAAUACCAGUGAGAACAACCCUUUACAAAGUGAACUUAUUCAAUGACAGUUGUGGAACAAAUAAAUCCCGUCACUAAAAGUGUUUCUCUUUAAAUUGUCUGUAUUUAGUAGAAACACCUCUGACAGCAUGCAGACUUUUGAGUCUGUUUAGAGAGGUUUGUAUCAACUUUGCAUAUCUGGACUUUACAGUCUAGACUCUGUUGUCUUAAAGCUGUUCCUUUUAAACUUCCCCUUUUUUUUUUUCUUUACUGCUCACCUCAGAUUUCUCUCUUCCUAGCAGGAAGAGAAACAACAGUUUUUGUCGUCUAUGCUGCUUCAGUCUCAGUUCAAGAAGCCCCAAAACAACUUAAGAGCUGUUGCUGGUCUUUUUACACCCUCCUAUGACUCAUCAUCCGUUUUAAGGACCCGCCACCAGGGGCAGAUGUUCGACUGUGCCUUCCCCUCUUACCGCUUCACUUCACUGUUACUCUGUGGAGUUUCCAGAGACUAACUUUGAUGUGCAGUUUUCAAUCAGCUCUGCUUUGAGUUGCCUGGAGUGCUUCUUUGUCUCUCAUGAAACUUACAUCCUUGUUCUGUUUUCAGGUUGAGACCUCCUCUGAGACCCUGGGAUCUUUUUGUGGUGAAACUCCUCCCCCAUCUCCCUUCUUAACUCACUCACAUCAAGUCCAAAUCCACUUCACUUCUGAUGGCUUUGGCACCAACAAAGGCUUCUCUCUCAAAUUUAAAACCAGAGGUACUGCAGCUGCUUCAUCUGUGCCACAAAUAAGGAUAAAAAUUAUCAGUUAAGGUUGAUUAAAAUAUUAAAACUAAUAUCUUUUGUGCUUUUCAUGCAACAAAUACAGCCAAGGUUUGCCUAGCAGAGGUAACACCUCACUCCACUGCGACCCCUCAACAACCAGUGUAUCCUCAGGGUCAAACGGUGACAGUUACUUGUGAGGUUGGCUAUGUUGUGGACACUGUGAGUGAGCGGCAAACUAAUACAUUAAAGAGUCCUGUUUUCAGUAUGUUCAAGCCACAUUUAAGCUCAUUGUGUUCUUCAUUUUUUACGCAGCAAGGAACCACAGCCGUGACAAGAGAGUAUGAGACAACAUGUCGUAGUACAGGCCAAUGGACUCCCAAAUACCCCUGUGAACGUAAGUCUGGCUACAAGAAGUUAAUGUUUUUGAAGAUUCUUGAUUUUUCUCUCUUAAUAUUUCGUUUGUUCAACUUAUUAUUUGACUAUGAUUUUUGUCACAUGUAGCUGUGGAUUGUGGUCCCCCUGGUAUCCCGGAAGAUGGCAUCCUUACGUUUGUAGGCUCAGAGACUCAGUACAACAACCAGAUCAAGUUUAACUGCAGCUCAAAGUAUUACAAACUCGAAGGAGACGGUAUGUAAUUAGAAGAGGCCUUAUUUAACUUUUGGAAUAUCUGGUUUUAUUGUAUUCUAAUUUUACGUCAGUUUUCUCUUCUAUCUUUCAGACACAUACACUUGUAAUGCGAAUGGUGUAUGGGAAUCAAGCAGGGGCAAAACAGAGAUUCCAAAAUGUGUUGCAGGUGCAGCUUUUAAUCUUUAUGUUUUCUACCCUUUUUGAGAGAUUUCUGCUUCAUAAGAAUUGCUUGUGACUUGAGCUUUUUUCGUGUUUUUUAGUGUGCGGGAUGCCUGACAGACAUACUGCAAGUGCGGGUCGGAUCUUGGGAGGUCAGGAUGCAAACGUGGGAGAAAUACCCUGGCAUCUUUUGAUAACAGAACCCGCACGGGGCGGAGCGUCACUGAUUAAUGACCGCUGGGCUGUGACUGCAGCUCAUGUUGUAGAGGGCGUGCAGGUGAUGUCUUUGAAGAUGUACGGUGGAGUGGUUAGUGGAGCGGCACUGACCUCUAAUAGAGCUCAAAUAAACGCCGAUAGGAUCAUAAUCCAUCCCAGCUUCAUCACAGGCGUUCAAGAUCGUACUAAUUUUGACAACGAUAUUGCCCUCAUCAGGUUAGCUUCAAGGGUGAAUUUAAGCCCAAAUCUUCUCCCUGUAUGUCUUCCAGGGACACAUAGAGGUUUGUUGGCGCAAGAGCAAGGCACAGUGUCAGGCUGGGGGGUCACAGAUGCCCCUCGUGGUUACCGUGUAUCCGACACAUUAAAAUAUGCUGACAUCGGGGCCUACGCUACUGCAGAAUGUCAGAAUACACCCACCGCAAAAAACAACAAACGCACCGUUUUCACCAAUAACAUGUUUUGUGCUGGAGCGCAAGGGAAGGACAGCUGCCUCAAAGACAGCGGGGGUCCAUUUGUUGUGCCUGUGCUGAGUGCAGGGGGGCCACAUUACCUGGCUGGUAUUGUGUCCUGGGGACCCCCCUGUCGUCAGAGACAGUACAAAGGUUACUACACCAAGGUGGAGAAUUAUGUAGACUGGAUUAGGGAGACUAUGGAUGCCAAUGAAACAUCUUAGACUGAGGUGGAAAAUAGUGAGCUAUACCAAAACGAUUGAUUGCACAUCUCAGAUAAAAGAUUGUAAUCUUGUAAUCAAACACAUUUAAAUUCAUGGUAUCGUGCUCUGAUCAUAAAAUAGAUAUAUACUUUUCUUUAUAUAUUAUAUCAGUUUUCAGAUCAACCGCAGUUAUUGCUUGUUUUAACCAACUCUCUAGUAUUGGCUCUUAACCACAGUUUAUUUACAAGAUCACAUUUUCUUUUCAGGCCUCAAAAAUGGGCGUAUUAUUUUAUCGGUAAAUCAAACAUUUGAUUUCAGUCUUCAUAUUUACAAUAGCGUGCACCUGCGACAUCAUAUACAGAUAUUUUUGCAUGAGAAGCAUGAAAGCAAUGAACAUUCUGUCUCCUAAAAGGCAAGAGAAUUUAUGGGUCUUGAAAAUUACCUAUACUAAGGGCAGGAAAAUAAGGUAGACAUCAGUAUUACUAUAUAAAAAUGCCAAAAUUUAGAAUUAUCCAAAAGAUUUCAGUGCCGUGUGUUUUACUGACCAUGCCGUAGUGUGUUGAACUGGAUUUGUUUUAACACACAGAAAUUGAGGGGUUAUCAAUAACGUCUGAAACUCCCGAGUUUACAGGUGGAUGCUGGGAUGGUGGGGCUUGAAUGCAGCAGCAAAGGGGCUUGAAGUCUCACUUGCUUGAUACUGUAUGUCUGACAUGUGGUUAUGAGAAGUUAAGUGUGAAAUCAGCGCAGCUCGAAUUCAAAGAUAACAUAUUAGAGUUCAAACCUACAAUUGUUGUUAAUAAUUGACUUAGAACAGUCUUGUUUAGAUCUACAGCCUUGAAGAGCCACGAACCACAUGUUAACCACAGAGCAGCAAUCAUCACCACUUCCCAGUCAUUUAGGGUGUCAGCAUUCAGCACCAAUGUUGAGGAAGAGAAUAUUAUCAGCAGUGAUGUGAUUUUCUCUUACGCAAUCUUUUUUCUGUCUCCUUCGUUCACUUUGAUACUAAACAGUUUUGAUCGUUCUCAGUUUAACAAAUAAAUGCUGAUUGAAUCCUUCAAA